UACUUGGAGAGACUGCUAGCUUCAGGAGUGUUUCUGUUCUGGGAAGAAUUGACACCUAUUCCUUUUUGUUGUGAGCUGUUAUGUGCAAAUAUUAGCUGGAUUCUCCUGUUCCACCACAAUAACCCUUUGGCAGUGCCCACUUCGCCGCCCACUUCCCUGCCAUCAGCAGGAUCAGACAAGCAGGAAACAGCAGACUGAGUCACUGACUGAAUACACACAUCGAUCAGACAGGGCACUGUGAUGGAGAUCUUCUCUGCUCUCUUACUGCUCGAGCAAGUGAUGAUUCUACAAAUACGAGAAGGUUCCUCAGUGGAGAUUGGAGCACCUGUACUAACGAUGGAGCCAAUGUGGGACAGAUUCUUAACGGGCGACCGGAUCACUCUUAGCUGCAAUGCCGGUCGGGAGCUUCGUUCAACAACCUAUAACUGGAUCGUAAACAAAACUACCAAAGAGUUCAGGGAGAAGACUUACAUCAUUGAGGCUGCUACAAAGGAGGAUGAUGGAGAGUACAGAUGCCAAUAUUCCACAUCGGCACAUACAACACCCUACAGUAACAGCAUUCUUGUGAGAGUAUCCUCUCCUGAUUCGCUUAUGAGUAUUGAAUCUGAGCCAGAAGCUCUGUGGUAUGCACAGACACUGAAGUUGAGUUGUAAAUUCACGUUCGGUCCGCAAGAUGAAUUCAUUUAUUUGUUUUAUCGGGAAGGCUCUGUUGUGGCUGAGAUCCAGACAAGAAAUAAAAGUGUUUCUUUUGAAAAGGAACGGGUUACGUCUGAGGAUACAGGACGGUAUCGAUGCCAAAUGCAGUUUGUUAAGUAUCCCAAAGGUCCUGUAUACACGUCAGCUUACAAACAUGUGAAUGUGCAAGAAAGUCCAGUGAGAUUACAGGUGAAUCCCAGGCUGCAGAGAGCCGGUGAUUCCAUCACACUGAAUUGUACCUGUGCCCAGGAUCACCUGUGUGGGAGAGGACAUAUUUCCUUCUCCAGAAACGAAAUCAUCGUAAGCUCUGAUUCUGAAUCUCACAAUAUCUAUCACAUCCAAGAAGCGACCCUAAUGGAUUCAGGAUGGUACCGCUGCAUGGUUUUCCAGAAACUUUCAACAUUCAUGUCUCUCCCGGUGGAAGUCACUGUCCAGAUCCCAGUGAGCUGCCCAUCCAUCAACUCAGAUCUGAAGGGCUCCACUAUAUCCAUUGGUGACCGCUUUACCAUCCAGUGUACCUUGGAAAGAGGGACGCUGCCUAUAAACCUCUUACUGUACCGUCAUCACCACGAGCUCCUGGGUAACACAACAGUCAUUGACUCCAGGACAGCCACUUUCCAUGUUACUGUGCCAUCUGAGGGGGAGGAUGCUGUGUACACCUGUGGUGCUGAAAAUGCCGUUACCCGUGUUGUCAACUGUAGUGAGCCACUCACCCUCACUUUGUCAGAUUCCCCUGGGAAUUUUGCCUUGAUCGUCGGAGGUUCUGCUGUUGCUGCUGUUCUCCUCACUUUCCUGCUUCUGUUCGCUGUUUGCAGACUCCGUCAGAAAGAGGGAAUUCAGGACAUCUCCAAUUCCCAACCCAGCAGAGAUGACAAUGGUUCCACUUCUGGUAAUAUUAUGUACUCUGUUGUUCAAGUGAACAGGAAAGAAAGAGAUCACAUCAGAGCAAGAAGAGAACCAAGGGAAGCUGACAGUCACGUGACUUACGCAUCGUUAAUGCACCUUGAAAGGACAAGGGACCAAGACAUACGUGCUGGAAGGCAGGAAGAUAAUGGUUCGUCUAUCUACCAGAACAUUCGGAGGAGCUAGUCACAGAACUCUGCUGGUGAAGAUUAAAAGUUCCUUCAGGUGGUGGGCAUGACUUGUCCUCAUUUGCCAUCGUCAACUGAAGAAAAGAAUGGACCAAAUUAACACAGCACUUCAUGUCAGAAAAAUGGUGUCUGAUUUCUCUCUCACUCUCGAGCACAAUUGAUUCCAAAUUCUGUGAACGUAUCCCCAAACCUUAGUGGUUAGAAGGCGGGAGGUCUUCUGUCUGAAGCUGUGGGUUCACAUCUUCACGCAAUUCUAAAUUCUCACUGAGAGAAACUAAGCUCGCACACUUCAAUAAUUUCAGUCCAAGACAAAAUCUGAAUCAGUAGUGUCCUUUAUUUUACUCUUGCAAGAGGGUGUGAAGUCCACUGUCUGUCCAUAAGGCAAGGGACUCACACACUGAAUUCAACGAAUACUCGAUAUUUAUAUAAUUUGGUUCCUAUAUAUUUUUUAUUAUUUCAUUGCUCCUUCCCCCGUUUACAUCCUCCACUUCCCUAAGACCGGUAGCCAUUACUCCUGUUUAUCUCUUGCCUUAUCCAGCCUUGUCUGUGACAAAAUGCUUACUUCUGGCCUCACAAGGCCGUUUGACCUCAUCCUGCUGUGGGUCAUUGUUAGGCACAUCCUUUCCUUACCAUUAUCUACUCCCUCCAUCUGUGCCGCCUCUCUCAUACAGAUCGUUAAGAUCCUUUUAACUGGGGUUUGUUCCGGUGUUUCUGUAAAAGUGGGAAACAGAUGUUUAUACCUAUUGUUUGUAUAGGCGUAUCUAGCUUAACUGCCUCUCCUCACAGCAUCUUAUCUAGUCGUCUGUAUUUCUACCAUUGUUUUGUUGUCCCGUUUCUUUCUUGCAUACACUUUUAGCUAAUACAAAAAAAAAAUUAUGUAUUUCCUCCAUAUAGUUUCCAUUCUUCUUGACUCAGCUCUUGGCUGAAACAAUGACACACUGGUGUGAGUUCAUUUACUU